AUGUUGCAGUGUCUCACAUAUGCGCGAACAUUUUACCCGUGCCACCUAUUACUUUUAACCAUAUUGGUAGCGCAGGGUGCGAAGGGGUUUCGCUUCACAGUGAACCCUGGUCGGAAGUGUUUUACAGAAGAAGUCCCUGAAGCUGGGCGGUAUUACCUCCAGUACAAAAUGACGCGCAGCCUCACCCCAUUUGUUGCCGUUGCCGUUACGACAUCUGGUGGUGCAUCGCUCGUGGUCCAUAAUGUGGCGAAAACGGACGCAAGAGAGAUAUUUGAGCUAAACCAAGACAGAAAGAUAGCGAUUUGUUUUAAGGUGUCACCAAAGGCUGUGCACUCUGCCACCUCAAUGAACAUUACGCUAGAGUUGAUGGAUGCAGAAGAAGCUGAGCUAACGCGGCAGAAAAGGCAAAGUUAUAGUACCACAAAUCCCACCGCGCUCGGCAUUGGAAAAGCAAGUGGCGCGUUGCGGCAAAUGCACUACAUUAGAGACACCACGACGCGCAUUCGGUUUGAUUUUCUGAGUCUUCUUGCAGUGGAUGAAGACGUACGUUAUUCCCUUAAUGAAAUGAAUGCUGUGGCGUGGAAUUAUGUCUAUGUCUUUGCUUUUGUAUCAUCAAUCAUAUGCUGUGCUACGUACCUGCGCCUCCGCCACUUUUUCACGACCAAAAAGUACAUUUGA